GGGUAUUUCGUAGGAUUGCGUUCAUUGUACGAUGCUUCUUUUUGUUGUAUGUUAAUUUUGUAUAAGGAGAGAAAAUAUAUAUUGAUGAUAGUUGUCGAAAUUAAAUGAUAGAAAAAGUGGCGACUGCACUAUUAUCUUUAUUAUUGCUGGAAGAAUUAGAUGAGGAAUCUGAAGCGAGCGAAGAAGAAAUGGAAUCUGAAGAAGAAACGAACGAAGUCGAAAAUCCCACUCCAAUAGUUAAUAACGCAUCAAAUAACGAUUCGAAUAAUUCUUCUAGGGUCAAUUCAGAUAAAAUUUAUGUUAGAAUCUUGCCAAAGCCUUCUAAUGAAACAGGAAAUAAAACUGAUAAUAUAAAAUUAAUUUCUCCUCCUGAAAUCAUUCAUCCUAUUCCUGUAAGUCAAAUAAAACAAGAAGUAGAAGAAGUGAUUCUUCCAAGUAAUGAUGAACAUCUUAUUUCAAAUCAAGUUUCCCAAGCUUCUUCAGCAGCUACUUCAGUUCAGACUACUACAGUUCCAAAAGUUUCUAUAGAUACUUCUAUACAAAAUUCUCAAAUUCCCAUAAUUACAUCAGUUAAUAAUGGACAUGUACCCCAUGUUUCUAUGAUAUCAUUUCAAAAAGUACCUGACAUAUCUCCUCAAGUUCCAAUAAUUACUUCAGUACAGAGUGAGCAAUCUUCUCAACUUCCUAUGAUUACCUCAGUACAGAGUGGUGAUAUUGAUGAUUUGAUUAACAGUGACUAUAAGAUUAAAAAGCAAAAUGUUCCAUCACCACCAAAUGAAAUCAAAAUCAUCACUAUACAAAAAAGUGCUGUAAAAAAUAGACACAACUCUGCAUGGAUGAAAUAUAACUCAAUCAAUCAGGACAAACAAGUACUGUACUUUCUAAAAAUUACUCCAUANUCAUUAUUCAUAUGA